AUGUCCCCGCAACAGUUCGAAAGCCAGGCUCAAGCAGCCCGUGAGCUACAAUCCCAAAUCAACACGGCUGUUAGCCGGCUCAAUUUCCCUGGUGGAAUUGGCGUCGGUAGUGCCGAGGUUGCCAAAGGCAUCAAUAAGAGCGUCGAUGCCAGUGCCGUCGAUGCCAGUGCCGUCGAUGCCAGUGCCUUCGACAAGCACAACCAGUCGGGCAUCGUCGAGGUGCACGCUCACUUCGUUGCCACCAAAAGCGAUGGGGCGAAGGCGUUUGAGCUGGAGGUUAUCUGGGGUAUUUCGUCCUUCCCAUUUUGA